GCGAGCAAAGUAGCGUAGCGGAGAUUCAGUUAAGCAGCCAUCUGUCCUAAAAGAAGAAGUAGGAGUGGGGGUUGACUUUGUAUGAAGACAACGGAGACGUGGGCUUGACGGGAUAAAACCAGAUUAAAUCCUCUUUGGAAGACGCUUGUCAAAUUGAUUGGAAGUGCCAUCCUCGCCUUCUGGAUUACCACCAAGGAUCGUGGACGCUCGUAUCCGCUCAAAAGUAAACGUUUCCGAGCAUUUCCGAACGUACGAAGAACCAAUCUGCUAAACCUGGGGAUCAAGUCCCAUGUCUCGCCGAAGAAGCCGGAGUCCUUCGCCGGUGCACUUCUCACGCACCUGUAGCAGUACAGAUCCACGGGAAAUGGAGCGAAGGAUUUUUGUGGGGAAUUUGCCAACGUCUGACAUGGAUAAGAAGGAUUUGGAAGAUCUUUUCAGUCCAUAUGGAAAGAUACUUGGCGUUUCCCUGUUACGUGGAUAUGGAUUUGUACAAUUUGAGCGUGUAGAGGAAGCCGAAGCUGCAAAGUUGGCCCAAAAGGGUCGCAUUUAUAAAGGUUAUAAAAUAGAUGUAAAUAUGGCAGUGGAGCGACGGUGCGCUAAACCUCAUUCCCAGCCGAGCCCUCCACGCAGGCCAUACGGCGGGUUCGGGGACGGUAAGGAUCCCCGGCCUCGUUCCCGCUCGCCGGUGUUCCCCCGUGAUAGCAGAGAUCGAGAUGCACGCGAAUCCCGAGAUCGAGACUCCCGUGACGGACGUGACGGGAGAGACCCCAGGGACCCUGUUCGAGAUUCCGGCAGAGAGCCAAGAACGGGAAGCCACGAGUAUCGUUAUCGCGGCUCCGAGAACAGAGACAAGGACCUGAGAGGCGGCCCGCGGGAUCCCGCCCACAACAGAGAGGAAUACGACCGUUACUAUCGUGGUGGAAACGCCCCAGAUGACUACUACGGCAGAAGGAAGGAUGACCUUUACAGGGACCAGUACAAAGACCCAUGGAACGGGCGACGCGAGGCUGAUAUAGAUGACCGCGGUCGUCCGGAGGAGCGCCGGCGUAAUGAGCUCUAUCGACAGUACUAUGAGGAACUGCAACGGCGCCACGAAACAGAACGCCCUGUCGACUGCUCCGUCAUUGUCGUCAACAAAGCACAGAACAGGGAGUAUGCUGAGACAGUCGGACGCAAAGUUCACGACUUGGGCAUGGUGGUGGACCUGAUCUUCCUCAACACCGAGGUGUCCCUGACUCAGGCGCUGGAGGAUGUGGGCCGCGCUCGCACUCCUUUUGCCAUCAUCAUUACCCAGCAGCAUCAGGUGCACCGAUCCUGCACCGUCAACAUCCUGUUUGGCACGCCUCAAGAGCACCGGAACAUGCCGAUGCAGGAUGCCAUGAUGCUGAUCGGCCACAAUUACGACACCUACAAGGUGGAAACCCGCGAGAAGGAUCGCGAGGAGAUUGCCCGCAAGGCCGCCAAAAUGGCAGACGAUGUGCUACUCCGUGAGCCUGACCGUGAAAGCCACCCAGUGUCUGUGCUAACCUUCAUCACGUUGCUUGCAGAGAACAGGUUUUUAAUGCCCGAGGAACUGGAAGGUCUGAUCGCGUACCUCACUGACAAACGGACGCGGCUGAUGAGAAAUCCCGCAGACCCUCACGCAGCUACGGUCCUUCCGGUCACCGCUGAUGGCCAGCCCUCGGCUGCAGGGUUGCCUUUGGUGGGUGCAGCGGCGGCGUUGCCUCCCGCCCUUUCUGCUCGCCCAGUACCACAGCAGUCUAGCCACAUGGUUCCGCACUCGGGCCUCGUGGGGCCCCAUUCUGGUCUCAUGGCACCGCAGCAGUCUAGCCACAUGGCGGUUCAGUCCAGCCCCAUGGCGGCACAGUCGGGCCACUUGGCGCCCCAGCCCGGCGGCCUCAUGGCGCCUCAGCCAAGUCACAUGGCACCCCAGUCCAGCCACAUGGCACCCCAGUCCAGCCACAUGGCACCCCAGUCCAGCCACAUGGCGCCCCAGUCCAGCCACAUGGCGUCUCAGCCAAUGUCAACGCCUCUGAGCACGCAGACCAACCCCAAUGAGGAGCUCCAGGCCAAGAUCCUCAGUCUGUUCAAGAGCAGCGCUUCAGGCGCUUCCUCUGUCCAGUCCCAAGACUACAGCUCGGGGCGCCAAGGCGGAGCAGCGUCUCAGGGCUACGGCGCCUCUAUGGGCCGCUCGCCCUCAGCCGGUGCUUCUGCGGGUGGUCCGAGAGGCGCCAACUCUACCGGCGGUAUCAAUUUUGAUAACCCGAGUGUCCAGAAAGCUCUGGACACUCUAAUCCAGAGUGGACCGGCUCUCAACCACCUGGUGAACACCGGCAGCCUGGCACUUCAACAGCAACCCCAGCAGCAGCAGCAGCAGCAACAACAACAAAUGCACCACCAGUCCCAAAUGCACCACCACCACCACCAACAACAGCAGCAGCAGCAGCAGCUACCACCAGUUCGACCAGCAGCCAACAUGGGCCAAAUGACACAAAUGUACCCCCGGCAUUACUGAGAUGUUCUAGAUAAUUUUGUAAACGAUUUUACUUUUGUUGUUGUUUUUCAUAUCCGCACCCCAUGUUUGAGGUUCUGUUGGUGUUAGGAUGAUUCCAUAAACAUCUCCCCGCAUGCAAAUGUUUCAGUCCAUCGACUGCUCCUUCUCUUACGUUUGAUGUAUUCCAUUAAAAAAAGUCACCACACUGCUGUAAUAAAAUGGUAUUGGUUUAUUGCAUUUUGUGCUGACAAAUCUAUAAAAUAGAACGGGUAUCAUAGCCAUAAGCCAGAGAUAGAAGCAUUUGAAAUGUAAGAUAAAACUACUUUCUUUUGAAAUGUAUCAUGAAACACAAUAGAGAAUACAUGUUGACUUUUUUUUUUUUUUUUUUCCUGUUUUUCAAUCCUUAGAAUAUUUCACUGACACUAACACAGAAAAUAAACACUUCCACACUAAUUAUAUUUAGUUUAUUUACACAUAGCCCACCCUCUCGCUCUCCACCAGCCCCGCACCCCCAGCACAUGUGCAAAACACAUCCCACCCCACAAAACCUAAAGGAACAAUAAAUACACUUUUACCACAAUAUGAGCGAUUCUCAAUGGAAAAACUUGUGACUUGUCCAUUUGCAGUACAGUAUUUAACAACCUACACUGAAUUUUUAGGCAUCGUACAAAGUGUUUCCCAUGACUCCAGUGAAUUAAAAACAACUAGUGGCGUGUACAUUACGGGCCGCCAUCCAUAUUCUGGAUAAUAAAAUCGUAUCUCAAACGGAUUGCAUUUUUACCCAUACAACAGAACUGGGAAAUACUUAACGUAGCAUAUCUUGAACUGCAUUGUCUUGCUUUUUAGUGUUAACAUUUUAUUGGACACUCCUGAUGAUGAUGAUGAUGUGUAUAGCUCUACGGGUGCAUCCCAUUGCCUGUUCACUGAUUUUAUUCUGCAAUUGAAACUAUAUCAGAGCAAUGGAUACUGACUUUUUAGAGCACUUUUGAUUGUAGCUCACAGCUUUUCAAGAAAUGAAAUCCAUAUUGCAAAUUUAUAAAUGAGGCAGGGUAUUGUUGAAAUGCAUUCAAAUGAAUAUAGUAUGUGAGUUUCACAUUUUGAAUUGAAAUUUGAAGAACAUUUCUACAGCAUUGUCAAUUGCUCGAUGCGUCUACCAUUUCUCAAGUCAUAAAUUGGACUUUUCUUUGGCACAAUUUUCCCCAAAAUAUUUGCAUCUAAUUCACUGGAGCACAUGUUUGCACAAUAUGUUUUUAUAUAUGAAUGUGAAUAUAUAGUUAAUAAAUAUACUUUGGUAGUAUUUUUUUUUCUCCAGAUAAUACAUGAAAAAUAGAAUCUUGUACUCUUCUAUACUAAUAGUCAUCAUUUGGAAACAUUUCCAGUGCUAAAAGAUAGCGAGGGAAGGGAAGGGAAGGGAGGUCUGAAACACAGAGUCGUGCGACCGGAAAGAGGAGAAGAAGAAAAAAAACACUUUUGGGAACACAAAUAUAUUCUUGUCAUGUUCACACGUGCAUGCACACAAUAAUGUUUACACCGGCUGACUGGAGAGCGCCUCUGCUGGCAGCCGCAUUUGAUGCGAGAUUGUGGUGACGUCGUUGGCCACCAG